CUCCGGCCUCCCGGGCUGCUUUCCACCAUGUGCGCCAACGUCGUUUACGAAUGGUUGAAGACCCUGAAACUCACCCAGUACGCCGAGUCUUUUGUGGAUAAUGGCUAUGACGACCUGGAGGUGUGCAAGCAAAUCGGGGAGCCGGACCUGGAUGCUAUUGGGGUGUCGCUGCCCCAGCACAGGCGGCGUCUCCACGAAGCGGUGCGGAGGCUGAAGGAGGAAGACGAGACCACUGCCGGCCUCUACUUCACCUUGGAGCCGCAGCCCUCUCGCCGGGGUUCGCCGGGAUCUGAUAGCUACACCGGCCGCCUGCUGGAGCCGCGCGAAGCCAAGACGUGGAAGGACCCACCUCGGCAGACGCCCCCGCUGGGUCAUUCUUGGGGGGCGUCGCGGAAAAUGGAACUCAACUCCAAGGAGUUGAUCACUUACCCCAAACUCAGACUGAAAAUCAUGAUUAGGGAUAAACUCAUCCGGGACGGCAUCACACUCAGCAAGCCCCCUUAUUCCAGCAAGUUACUCUUGAACUGGGAGCUUGCAUCCAGUUUCUGUACAUGCUUAUUCACAAGUAAGUGGCACUGCAAUGAAAGUGAUUGCCAAGAAAGCACAGGUAUCACUCAAGUUUGUUCUUUUAUGGACAAAGCACCUGUGUUAAGUGAUCUAAAUGAGGCACUGUAUCUACUGACAAUCAGUGUCAAGCUCUGA